AUGCUUGUAAAUAUCUUUUUUGGAAGCUAUGAAUGUGCACAAGCGAUUGAAGCAGCCUAUAAACUGGGUAAAAGAGCAUCUUACACUUUUGUAAAAGGCAGCAUGGACUCUUUUGUGCUACAUAACGUUCUAAUUAAGGAUACAAACAUUAGUAAUCUGUGUGUUCAUUGGUGCGAUGAUGAUAAACCAAUGAACUUAGAAAUGUAUAAAGUUCCUCCAGAAAAUAGUGAUCCGCAAACUGUUUUGAAGGGAGAAAUAGAUAAUUUAUUUAACCCUGAUUAUUGUCCAGAUGAAGAAAUAGAAGUUAGAGAGUUACUGCUUCUUCAAAGUGAAGAGGAUUUCGAUGACGCAAAGAAGAGAGCGAUAGCUGAACUAGAGAAAACUGAUUAUAGGAAUAACUUUAGCGAUUUACCUAGGCAAAUUUGGUAUCAAAUAUAUUUAUACAUCAAGGAGUUAAAAUCAGAAUUCUGUAACUUAUCGAUAGAUGACAGAAAGAAAGCGAUUAUAAAAGUCAACAUGAAUCAGCAAGCAUAUUGGCGCAUUACAAACCUUUUUGAUAGAGCGGAUAAGGAACAAAGAUGGAAAGGAAGCUAUAUGAAGGCUUAUUUAACAUUUGAUCACAAGGGAAAGGGUUACAAAAGUGAUCUGUUUAAGUUAUCGAGAACAAAAAACACAUUUACCAUAAGUAAUGAUGAAAUGAAAUGGUUAUAUGUACCUGGAAUGAAACCACUUAAAACACCACCGAAAACACCGCCUAAAACACCGCCUAGAACGCCACCGAAAACGCCACCUAAACCGCCCAGAUCGCCCAGAAGAUCAUCCAAAAAAGAUAAGGGUGAUGCAAAGGAAAAGGGUACAUCUUACAUACUGAGAUACAUAAUUAGGUUUGCAUUAGUUGCUUUACUGAUCUUCUUGAUAUACAGAUGUGUAAGAGGAUCAAAAAACAAUAAUUCUGAGCAACCAAAUACACCGUAA